GCUCAGAGAGUACACCCGUGCCAAUUCCCGGCGCUCCCGUACAACAACGUGACUAACAUCGCGUGAUACGUAGCAAUAUAAACAUUCGACUACGUUACCAGCAUUACUCCAUAUCCCGUUUCGUAACGUCGUGACAUACGGCAAUAUAAUACAGAUAUACAAGCAGUGUUUUUGUUAGUUAUUUGUUUUGAUGUUGGUGAAGGAACUAAGUGCAAGCAUGUUGGACAAAUCCAUAUUGGGCGGCAGUUGGGAGAGCGUGAUCUCGCGCGAUGAUUACGAGAUCGACUACAGCCCGAGUCCCAGAGGAUCUCCGUUGAAGGACACGUCCAACAUCCAGGAGGACCAGCCGUAUCUGAUCAGCCGCCACAACCCAAACAAGACCUUCCGCAGAGAAUCAGUAAUCGCUUCGUGGAAGAACCUGAAGAAGGAGAGAGAACAGGCCCUGGGUAAACGGAUCAUAUACGUGGACCCGGACAACUACGAAGAUUACUACGGCAGGAACAAAGUAAAGCGUUGCAAGAGCGAAAGGACCGCCAGCAAUCCACGCCUGCUCAAAAAGGUUAAACGCACAUACUCAGUCCUCUACCGAUAUGACCCUAACGAGGAGAAAGUCGUAAAGGAAUACAAGUACCAGCCAACGAAAGAACCUGAACUCUCAAUGAAUUCAAUGCAAAAAUCUUUCUCCGAACCCUUUUUGGGUCCUGAGAGGGUACCGAAGAAGAAGGUGAAGAGAUCCAUCACGACCCUAUUGAAUAUCAAGACGAAGAUCCUCAACAUUUUCUCGGCAAAGAGUUAAAGGGUUUAUAGAGAUUAAUUUUAAGGGGUUAGUUGCUCAAUUCAAUGCAUUUUCCUUUAGGUUAAGAUGGCGUUAAUUACUUUCAUUUGAGAUGAAAUUACCAGCGCCUAAUUAGUGAUGUAUAUUGAUAGUUAAGCUGAAUAAUUAUACGGCCGUAAGCAAUUACGGCGUGAUAAUGUACUUGACAUUUCGUGUAAGUGAAACUAGAGAGAUUGGAUGGCAAUUACGAACGAACCGGAUAAGAGAGUAAUAUGUACAUGAUACGUAUCGAUAUUCAACGUUAUUUUAUUGAAAGCUAGCGGAUGCACGCGUAUUUGUAUGCGUAAAAUUCUGUUUUUCACAAAUCCGGCGCGAAUCAUGCAUUUUUUCGGGAUAAAGUAAUAAAAACUAUAUGUAUCUACAUAACCUCCUUUAUCUUCCAGUAAAAGUCCCCUUAAUCAGUUCUGCCGUUCUAUAGAUUAGCUCGGACAGACAGACAGACAAAAUUUUUAAAACAACUUGAAUAAAUUUUAGUAUCACAGAUAUACACUUCAAUUUUAUUCUAUAUUGAUUAAAAGUUAUCUGCAACUUUAUCUGCAUUAAAUUAUUUGAUUUUUUUUUCAACAAAAUGUAAUUAUUAUUAUAAGUAGAUUGAUAAAUCUCAAGCCCGGUAAGUCCUUACUCUCUCUAUGUAGUCCAAUCGGUCCGAGAUCAGAUUACAAACAAAUCUAGAAUCUAGUCAUGCUGUACGACAUCAAAAUAAAACAAAAGAAACAAAUGCAAAUCGAACAUCGAAUCAAAACACUAUUUUGUCUAUUUUGAGCUGUAUUUCAUCAAUGUUUUUUUUUAAUCAAAAUGUGUCUUUUUACUGGCUUUAUGACUCUGUGUUAGCAAGCCCAAAAGGAUUACAGUGUCUAUAAGCUUCUAAAUUAUAACUACAUUCAGUGAACACUUGCCAUGUAUUCAUAUAUGUUUUAUAUAGAUUUUAAUGAAGAUAAGUAAUUGUUUACUAUGUUUAUAAGAUGCCAGUUAAGCUUAGCCAUAAUUUAGAAAUAAGAAUUUUGUGAUAUUUAUGUGUGUUGUGAUAUAGCCUUAGCUUUUACUCUGACUUCGUCUCUAUAAGUUUGCAUACUUAUAAAGACUAGAAGCGAAAAAACGUGUCUUUAACAUUCAAAACUUAUUAAAAAAAUAAUAAACCUGUUUUUCUAAUAUAAAACUGAGAAAGAACAUGGUAAUUAAUUUGAAAUUGUAAUUCAAAAUACUUAACAUUAUCAAAACAAUAAUUAAACUUAAUUUAAAAAGUUAUACUCAAAUAAGUUUUCAUUAUGUUUUCUCGGAAAAUAGUAAUUGAAAAUUAAAAUGUAACAUUUUUUAUAUAAAAAAAUACGCGAUUUGAAUGAGUAUGUAUUUAUACUUUAAUAGUCAUAAUCGUUAUUAAAAAUAAGGUAAUUCUUUAUAUUUUAUUAAAUAAAGCAUAAAUGAUAUUACAGUUACCUAAGUAUAAUUUAUUAGACACAUAAUUAUUAUCAUUUAUGUUCAUUCCUAUUACAUAGACAUAAGUUUUUAAUGAUAAUUUUGUAUUAAAAUGAAAUGUAUAACUUAAUUUAUACAAAUUAAAGUAGUUUACGUAAUUAAUAUUGAAAUAAGAAGAAAUCUUGUAAUUACAAUAUAAAGUCUCACAGUUACUCGUAUUAAUUACUAUACUUAACUAAAAAUGGUCUGUAAAUUCUAUACAACAUUUUUUUCUGGUUCAACUUUAACAGUACUUAUUAUGAUUAUGUAAUUUAACUUCCACUUUGAACUAUUAAGAGAUUAUAUAAUUGUAAACAUUAGAACUAAUUAAAUGAAUAUUUUAUACUGUAA